UUAAUUCCCUGAAAAUUAUCAUAAAAAAUAUAGUUUUUAUAAAUUAAACCACAAAAAUUGCGAAAUAAAAAACCAACUUCGAAAUGUCUUACUUACUGCAAAAUAUUAAGACAUCCAGUGUGCUACAAGCUGUUAAAGCCAUCAGCUAUAAUCAAACACAACAGUCUCAGCUUUUACACACGACACCGGUGUGCAAUGAAAUACGAAAGUUGGCCCGUUUGCGUGUGGUGGACAAUAGUGAUUUGGGCAAAAGAGCCAUGGCCGAGGGACGCCCUCCACGCUGCAUACAUGUGUAUAAUAAACGUGGCAUUGGCCUUAUAGGCGACAAGGUGUUGGUAGCCAUUAAGGGUCAGAUGAAGAAGGGCAUACUGGUGGGCUUAAAGCAAAAACAAAGGCCUAAAAUUCCCAAAUUCGAUAGCAAUAACUUGGUGCUGAUCGAUGAUAACGGCACACCGCUAGGCACUAGAAUACAUGUACCAGUGCCCACCAUAUUGCGUACAGUGCUUAAGGAGAAAACCCAAGCAAAGGGUGCUGAUUACACCAAAGUGCUGGCCAUAGCAAGUAGAUUUAUUUAAAAUGUUUAAAAAAGUUUUUUGUUUGAAUAAAAUUUAUUGUUAAUAACGAAAA